ACAAUUAUUAUUAGCAAUAGUAAUUUGUGUUCUAAGACCAUCAAAAAAGCAUAGAAAAGAAACCCACUCCCACCAUAAUACCCAAUACCAAUAUGAUUAAUACAAUCCAAUUAUUCCUCCACCUCUCUUCUCAUCCGAUCACCUAUUCUCAUUAACAAUCACAAUUUCCCAAUUGUUGUUGAACUUUUACGCAAUCUCAGAUUCUUCCUUUAUUUACCACCUAAUAUUCCCCUAAUUUGUCUUAAUAAUCCGUUUUUAAUUCAUGGGUAAUAUCGGAAGUAGUGCCAAUAAUGGCGGAAAUCGGCGCCGUCAAAGCAAUCGUCGGAAUCAACCACAACCCCAACCCCAACCCCAACCACCUGCACCUCCGCCUCCACAACCACAGAUUACUCAAAACCGUUACGUCUUCGCUGCUGCGACGCCGUAUCCUUCGGCGGGUUAUUACCAAUACCAUCCUCCAGCACCCGGCUAUUACCCACCACCCGCUAAUAUUCCGAUGCCGUUACCCGCUCCGUUUGAUCAUCACCAUCAAGCCCAUCAUCAUGGGAAUUGGUCUGCUGGGAGAUAUAAUUAUGGGCCCCCAAUGAUGACUCCUCCUGCUGCAGCCCCUUAUGUGGAGCAUCAAAAGGCUGUAACUAUUAGGAAUGAGGUUAAUUUGAAGAAGGAGAGUUUGAGAAUUGAAGCCGAUGAAGAAAAUCCUGGAAAGUUUCUUGUUGCCUUCACUUUUGAUGCUGAUGUUGCUGGAAGCAUAACGGUGAUAUUCUUUGCAAAAGAAGGUGAGGAAUGCAACUUAACACCAACAAAAGAAAACUUACUCCCUCCAGUGGUGGUGCACUUUGAGCAAGGCCUAGGCCAAACGUUUAGACAACCUUCCGGAACCGGGAUUGAUUUCUCUAUGUUUGAGGAGGCUGAAUUAUCGCAGGAAGGCAAUGCAGAUGUGUAUCCGCUUGCUAUAAAGGCUGAUGCAUGCCCAGCUAAUCAGACAUAUACGGAUGGAGAGCCGGCUCCGGGCAGCUCCAAUUCUCAGAUAACUCAAGCAGUAUUUGAAUUGGACAAAGGCGAAUAUAAGGUUAAGGUGCUUAAGCAGAUCUUACGAAUAAACGGUGUGAGGUAUGAGCUGCAAGAAAUAUAUGGAAUCGGGAACUCUGUCGAAAGCGACUUUGACGGUAAUGAUCCUGGCAAAGAGUGUGUUAUCUGCUUGUCAGAGCCUAGAGACACAACUGUCCUUCCUUGUCGGCACAUGUGUAUGUGUAGUGGUUGCGCAAAAGUUUUACGGUUUCAAACCAACCGUUGUCCCAUAUGUCGGCAACUAGUUGAAAGGCUUUUGGAGAUAAAAGUUAAUGACGGAAACGAAGAAGAAAGAAGCAAUUGAGUAGCACCACGGUUGUUAGUAACUCGACAGAGAUGACCGAUCUCUGCCGAUUUCUCCUUCGAAAAAGUUUGUUUUUCCCCCAAUUGUUUCUUCUGCUCAACUCUUAUCAUAUUUAUAGUUUGGUUGCUCACUCUCUUUGACGGCAACAAAAAGAUUAUGCUGUGCCAAUUUACCUUGUGUACAAACUUGUCCUUUAUUUGAAAAAUGUAAGUAAUAUAGUGAGGUUUGAUCUACAAA